AGGUUGACAGCUGUUUGACUGUGACAAGGACGUACUACUGUCAACUGGUUCCUCUUUCCAGCAUUUCAACAAAUUAAGUCAAAUGGAAGAGACAACUACUUUUUCUGUCUCAACUUUUGAGACAACUCCUACAGAUGAAGAUUAUCCCUCGGAGACCAUAGACCCAGGCAUGUGUGAAAGAGACUGGGUCAGGCAAUUCCGUGGCCAGUAUGAGCCACCUCUCUUCUGGAUCAUCUUCGUCCUUGGGUCUGUUGGUAACCUGCUGGUGGUUUGGAUUUACCUAACCGUGCGCAACCGCCUGAAAACAAUGACCGAUGUGUAUCUGCUGAACCUGGCUGUGGCAGACCUCCUCUUCCUGUGCACGCUGCCCUUCUGGGCGGUCGAGGCCAUCAAGGGAUGGAACUUUGGUAGCAUUCUUUGCAAGAUAGUGUCCGCUCUCUACAAGAUCAACUUCUUCAGCAGCAUGCUCCUCCUCACCUGCAUCAGCGUGGACCGCUACAUUGCCAUAGUGCAAGUAACCAAAGCUCAGAAUUUCAAGAAGAAGAGAUUGUUUUACAGCAAACUUGUUUGCCUCUGUGUCUGGUUUGUCUCCACUCUCCUGGCCCUGCCUGAGUUUAUCUUUGCUGAGGUGAAAUUUGGCCCAGAGGAACAACCCUUUUGCGCUAUGGUCUACUGGAACAAUGUCUUCAACCGGACAAAGAUCAUGGUGCUUUCCUUGCAGAUUUGUAUGGGCUUCUGUCUUCCUCUGCUGAUCAUGUUCUUCUGCUACUCAGUCAUAAUCCGUACCCUCCUGCAAGCAAAAAGCUUCGAAAAACACAAGGCCCUGCGUGUCAUCUUCGUUGUGGUGUUUGUCUUUGUCCUCUCCCAGCUGCCUCACAACACCCUGCUGAUUGUGGAAGCCACACAAGCAGCCAAUACCACGAUUACAGACUGUACCACUGUGAUUCAAGUUGAUGUAGCCGGACAGGUUGCUAAGAGUCUCGCCUUUACUCACGCUUGCCUCAACCCCUUCUUGUAUGUCUUCAUUGGAGUUCGGUUCAGGGAAGACCUUAUGAGGAUGGCUAAGACUUGCUUCGGAGGUGUGGGCAAAGGAGGGUUCAGCAAAGUCCAGGCAGUUCCCAAACGUCCCUCUGUCAUGUCAGACACAGAAACUACCCCUGCCCUUUCCAUAUAGAUGCCCGUUUUUCAAAAUACUACACCUGAGACCUGAGCCUAGUAUUAUCCGAAUUCUAAAUUGUAUUCCUGGUGCAUUAAAAACCACAAGCAGAUAAACAAUAUCAUUUACAACUCUGGAAAACCACCAAUCUUUAUUCAAACUCUGACAGUUACAUGCAUAUUUGUUUCAUUGGAAUACCUGUACAAACUGUAUUGACAUGUAAAUAUUGUGUGUGUUUUAUCUUUCCAUUAUGUAUUUGCUGUGUGCAUUUGUAUUUUUUCUAUUAAAAAUAGUUUUUUGACUCAUUAAACAUUAAA